AUGAACAACAUAAAUCCCAAAAUCCGACUCAGUGUUUGGGAUGCUGUCGAUAACAAUGUUAACAAUCAACCUAAAUCUGAACAGGUUGACAAACAACCACCUUCAACAAAAAAUGCUUCCACACCACGACAUGUUAAAGUCAAUAUGAAUGAUAUCGCAAAUGUUUCAAAGAAAAAUCCUAGAAAAGGUGGUUUAUGCAUUAAAUGUUGCUUAGCUUUUCUAAUAUUAUUAUUGAUAAUAGCAGCAGGAGUUGUUCCCGCUGUUGUCAUAAUUAUACUGAAAUCGGAUAUAACCACUACUACAGUAGCUACCACAACAAUUGCUUGUGUUUCUGGAUUAACUGCCACAUCAUCAGGGGCAUGUGUUAAUACACAAAUUGAUUUUAAUAAUUGUGGAUCAGUUGGUUAUGUUUGUUCGUCCAAUUAUACAAGUUGUUCAGGUGGUUUAUGUAGUACAACUCCUGCUGUAAUGCUUUCUGGUGCUAUUGGUGUUCCUGGAUUUAAUUCUUCUAUUAGCAGCAUUGACGAUGCGAUAACAUUGGUCACUCUUCCACUGAAUAUUACAUUAUUCAAUUACACAACCAAUAAUAUCACAGUAUCAAGUAAUGGUGUUAUCUGUCUUGGUAUUUGUUCUGCUGACUAUAGUAAUGGUAACUUAUCGAGUAGCAGUUUUGGAGGACCAACAGUUUUUGGUUUUUGGGAUGAUCUCUUCAUUACUACUGGUACUUCUCAAGCAAUUUAUUAUGCUGUUAGUGGAACAGCACCGAAUCGAAUAACAACUUUUGAAUUUUAUGAAAGUAGUUAUGCUUCCUCAACACAAUAUUAUCAUUUUCAAGUCAUAUUUUAUGAAAACUUACCAAAUAUUGUUAAAUGCUUCUAUUUCGAUAUGUCAGAUGGAGGUGCAUCAGCAACUAUUGGCAUACAAGCAUCAGCAAGUGGACCAAGUGUCACCUAUUCAGUAGAUCAAGCGAAUGCUGUAGCAUAUAAUACAUCACUUAUAUUUAAUACAAAUACUGGAACAUUUACUGGUUAA